GUCUGAGAGCACAGAGAGAAAGAGGCAUGUUUUAUGUCAGCUGCAGAGAGGAACGGAUACAAUGCAGAUGGAAAUACAAUAUUAGGAUCCGCCUCAUGGAGUACAGAUUAAUAGGGAGAGAGUGAAGAUUUCCCCCGAUCGCAGAUGUUGAAGAUGAACAUGGGUGAAGGCUGAAAGGAGGUCUUUACCUCUGGGCUUCUACAAAGUUUUUUUGGAUUACGUCCACAGGACAUCACUUAUUCUUUACCCAACACCAUGAGAGACCCCACCAGGAUCGGCACCACCACCUAAAAUAACUUCUGUUGUCAUUACUGUCCAUGAUGUCCAACUCUCAGGAGCAAAGUUUGAAUGAAAAUGUGGUCUUCCUCCCAGCACGUGAGUCCAACCCGGAUUUCUUCCAUUCGGAAGUGGAACGCAACACACUGGAUUCUCUGCUCAGAGAUGGUCCUGAAGCUUUCUACGACAAACUGAAGAAACAUCAACUCGAACCUUUUCUCUCCCCGGAGGAGGUAAAGCAGAUUUCCAGAUGGGUGGAGGAUCAUCCCGUGGAGGUCGUGGAAAACGGCGAUGCUGGGAAUGAGAGCAGCUCGGACGUGCAGGGUUUUUCAGAUGAGUAUUUCCCAGAGUUUUCAGACACGCCGGCUCCGUGUCUGGAACUCGGAUGGCCAGAGAAGUUCAGAUGGGAUGGUGUGGACCGAGCCAUGGUUUAUACCAAUCCUCCGGUGGAGCAGGCUCCUCACAUCCGUGAAGUGAUCAGGAGAUUGCUGCAGGAAGCCACCAUGCUGAUUGCAAUCGCGGCAGAUAGAAUCACAGACAUCACCGUGAUCAGGGAUCUGCUUUCGGCUGCAUCACGAGGCAUCAUCGUUUACAUCAUCCUGAACCGAAGACCUGCUCAAGACAACUUAACGCCCAAUCAGCUCAAACAUCCGAACAUAAUCGUUCGGAUUCUGGGUGGAAAGAAGUUCAUAUCUAAACAUAGGAAGAUGGUGGUGGGAGAACUGAAGGAGAACUUUGUCCUGGUGGAUCUGGAGACGGUUGUUGUGGGCAGCUACAGCCUGACCUGGACUGACGCUCAUCUACACCGGCAGCUCGUCACUGUCCUGAAUGGCCCUGUGGUGGAGCUUUUUGACAGGGAGUUCCGCAUCCUUUACGCUGCCUCGCUACCUGUACCUGACUCCUGGAAAGCUGCCAGGCCCGCAGAACUUCCCAAGAUCGAGAAAACAGUUUUCCAACCAGAACCAACUUCGCACAAACAAACGCUGCUUGACUGCCCUCCCAGCCCUCCACCACCUACCACUGACUCUCCUAUAGACUGGAACGCUCUUGGGGUCUUCCAAAAGAUUGGAGACUCUCUAGAAGACCAGGAAUUGCCCAAGUUUUCUGAAGAACUGCCAAAGAUUCACAGAACAGGACGAGACUGGCAUACUGAGGGUCCUGGAUCCAGUCUAUUAGAUCUUCAUAUCACUGAAUGGCCAGAUGAAAGCAGGUUUUAUCGUGUUGCGACUGAGCCGAGGCAUGUAGCAGAUCAUCAAGCAAUGUUUUGGAACACGCAAAGACCAGAGAGGCUUCCUUAUGGGUUUCUGGCAGAACGUGACGACAGACCCACCAUGUUCAGGCACCGAGACUUCAGGAUGGACAGAAGUCAUAUGGAAGACUUUACGCCCCUCUCACAUGCUUAUAGACGGGAGUCUCUACCAAGUCUGGACAGGAGCUGGACGGAAAAUACGAUCCUUGAGGAGAUGCCACCAGGAUCUGCUGCAGCUCCAGUCCAUCGUAAGAAACCCCUUAUUGUCAGCGUUCCUCAAACCGACAGCUCAUGGCAUCUGGGUGAGAUCCUGAAAAAAAACUUUGAUUACAGCACCAAUAACCUGCAGACCAAAAUGGGCAACAGUAUAAUCAGCAAAUCCUCUCUGGACCUGAGUUCACCUCCGACUGAGACCCUGAACAGGAGCCAGAGUCAGGCCAAUUUAUUCGAAAGCUUCCCGAUAACUCCGGCUCUAGCACUGAUGAAAAAGCGAAAUGACGAGGUCAAAUCAUCUCUUCUGAGGAACCCGAAGAAUAUCCAGCCGGCACCCAGAACAAGCAGUUUCAACUUAGGCUUUAAGAGGGACGGGUGGAAGUCUGCUUUUUUUAGAGGGCAGAACAAUGAAGAGAACAAUUGAAGAAAUCCUGAUCAGAUGAGCUCGACAUGACAGAGACGACAAUACGGUUCUCAGAUUUGAACAUGUUUAAAUUCACUUUGAUGUUUUGCGGAUUAAGUCGACUGAAAACCUUUUCUGUCGCAAAAUCAUUGAGGAGAAGUGUUAAAUAAAUCACCUGAAUUAAAGAA